CAAUUCAAAACUUCCGGUUUAGUCAAACGACGAAGUCUAUUUUGAUAUUUUGUCUAGCUAGCGACAUAGUUUAUGAAAUAAGUUUAAUAGUAAUUUAUUAACACCUCAAUCAAAAUGGGGAAGCGUCAACAUCAGAAGGAUAAAAUGUACAUCACAUGUGCUGAGUACACCCAUUUCUAUGGAGGGAAAAGAUCAGAAAUUCCGAAGUCAAAUUUUCGACGUCUUCCAUUUGACCAUUGCAGCUUGUCUCUGCAGCCGUUUGAAUAUCCCAUGUGCACUCCCGAGGGAAUCGUCUUUGACCUGCUGAGCAUUGUUCCUUGGAUAAAGAAGUUUGGCACCAAUCCCAUCUCCGGAGAGAAACUGGAAGCGAAGUCCCUCAUCAAGCUAAACUUCGCCAAGAACAACGAUGGUAAAUACCACUGUCCCGUCCUGUACACAGUCUUCACAAACAACUCCCAUAUCGUCACCAACAAGCUCACUGGCAAUGUGUUCUCUCACGAGGCUGUGGAACAGCUCAACGUCAAGACGAAGAGUUACAGAGACCUGCUCUCUGAUGAACCUUUCACCAGACAGGACAUCAUCACCCUGCAGGAUCCAACCAACCUGGAUAAGUUCAAUGUCUCGGACUUCUUCCACGUCAAGAACAACCUCAAAGUACUGGACCCUGAUGAGGAGAAGGCUAAGCUGGACCCUGGUUACCACCUGAACAGUACGAACAUGGAGACCAGAGAGACCCUGGCUGAGCUCUAUAAGGAUUAUAAAGGAGACGCUCUACUGGCCUCCACCAUGAAGGAACCACAGGCCAAGAAGACUGACAAACUUAACGCGGCUCAUUACUCUACUGGCAGAGUGUCUGCUUCCUUCACCUCCACAGCCAUGACCCCUGCUACCGAACACACUGCGGAUGCCAUCUCAGAUGACACGGUGCGUUAUUCCUAUGUGAAGAAGAAAGGCUAUGUUCGCCUCCACACCAACAAGGGAGACAUCAACCUGGAGCUGUACUGUGACAAGGUUCCUAAAGCAGGAGAGAACUUCACCAAGCUGUGUAAGAAGGGUUACUACGACGGAACUGUUUUCCACAGAUCUAUCAGGAACUUCAUGAUCCAAGGAGGAGACCCAACUGGGACUGGUUUAGGAGGAGAGUCAUUCUGGGGUAAGCCCUUCAAAGAUGAGUUUCGUCCCAACCUGUCCCACACCGGACGAGGGGUUCUCAGCAUGGCCAACUCAGGACCCAACACCAACAAGUCCCAGUUCUUCAUCACCUUCCGGUCAUGUCCCUACCUGGACAGGAAACAUACCGUGUUUGGAAGGGUGGUGGGAGGCUUCGAGGCUCUGACAGCCAUGGAGAACAUAGAGGCUGAUCCUAAAACCGAUAAACCCAAGUCUGAGAUCAAGCUGCUGAGUGCCACUGUGUUCGUGGACCCGUAUGAAGAGGCAGAUGCCCAGAUUGCAGCGGAGCGUCAGAAGGAGUUUGAGAAGCAGGAGGAGGAUCGAGCUCAGACCAGUUUGUCUCAGAGGAAGACUAAAGCAGAUCAGGCUCCCAAGACCUUCAAGGCUGGCAUAGGGAAAUAUAUCAACCCUGUGACCGCUACCACCACGAAACGUCCAGCAGUAGAGGACAGCGGACCGUCCACCAGCGGAGCCAAGAAGGCCAAAGGAAAGACUGGCUUUGGAGACUUCAGCUCCUGGUAACUCCAUGGACACACAGCCCCGUGGACACACAGCCCCGUGGACACACAGCCCCGUGGACACACAGCCCCUUGGACAGACAGCCCCUUGGACAGACAGCCCCUUGGACAGACAGCCCCUUGGACAGACAGCCCCGUGGAGACACAGCCCCGUGGAGACACAGCCCCGUGGAGACACAGCCCCGUGGAGACACAGCCCCGUGGAGACACAGCCCCGUGGAGACACAGCCCCGUGGACACCUUCUGUGUCCCACCACUACUUUAGACCAGAGCCCUAUUCCCUAUAUAGUGCACUACUUUAGACCAGAGCCUAUGGCACCCUGUUCCCUAUAUAGUGCACUACUUUAGACCAGAGCCUAUGGCACCCUGUUCCCGAAAUAGUGCACUACUUUUGACUAGGGUCCAUAGGACACUAUGUAGUUAUGGUCAAAUAUAUAGGAAAUGAAGUAACCAGGCUUUGGUCAAAAGUAGUGGUCUAUGUAGGGAAUAGGCUUCCAUUCUGGAUGUACCCCCUGAUACCCUGUUACCCCCCCCUGCUACUACCAGUCAUCCCCUGAUACCCUGUUACCCCCUGCUACUACCAGUCACCCCCUGAUACCCUAUUACCCCCUGCUACUACCAGUUACCCCCUGCUACUACCAGUCACCCCCUGAUACCCUAUUACCCCCUGAUACCCUAUUACCCCCUGAUACCCUAUUACCCCUGAUACCCUAUUACCCCCCUGCUACUACCACUCACUCCAUGAUACCCUAUUACCCCCCUGCUACUACCAGUUACCCCCUAUUACCCCCCCUGCUACUACCAGUUACCCCCUAUUACCCCCCUGCUACUACCAGUUACCCCCUAUUACCCCCCUGCUACUACCAGUUACCCCCUAUUACCCCCCUGCUACUACCAGUUACCCCUUAUUACCCCCCUGCUACUACCAGUUACCCCCUAUUACCCCCCUGCUACUACCAGUUACCCCCUAUUACCCCCCUGCUACUACCAGUUACCCCCUAUUACCCCCCUGCUACUACCAGUUACCCCCUAUUACCCCCCUGCUACUACCACUCACCCCCUAUUACCCCCCUGCUACUACCACUCACCCCCUAUUACCCCCCUGCUACUACCACUCACCCCCUAUUACCCCCCUGCUACUACCACUCACCCCCUAUUACCCCCCUGCUACUACCACUCACCCCCUAUUACCCCCCUGCUACUACCACUCACCCCCUAUUACCCCCCUGCUACUACCACUCACCCCCUGAUACCCUAUUACCCCCUGCUACUACCAGUCACCCUGAUACCCUAUUACCCCUGAUACCCUAUUACCCCCCUGCUACUACCAGUCACCCCCUGCCAUUCGCAUCUCAUGGACAUUUUGUUUUUAUUUUCUGAGUCAUGUGAAUUAUAUAGAAUGUUGUCUUUCACUUAGUAUGACAUCAUCAAAUAAUGUUGGCUUUCUAAUGAUGCAUUUUUUUAUUUUUUAUUUGUGUUUUAAUAAAUUCAAGUUUUUCCAGUA